AUGUCGUCGAGUCGCCAAAUGCCGGGCAACUUCAAGCAGGAGCAUGGAAUACAUCCUAACCUGGAAUCUAUUGCCCGAGCAAAACCUUGGCUAGGCUACUUCAGUGACGACUAUCAAAUGACAUCGACAAUCAUUCGCGUCGCGAUUACCGACGCGUCUGGGAGACCCAGCAUCAAGUGA